AUGGCGAAUGACGACGGUGUUGGCGCGCUCAGGCGCAGGCGCGGGACGAUUUUCGCGGCUUGUACGCGAAUACGCACAUUUACCGAAUCCAUCACGUCCGUUACGCCGACCAUUGCGGCUCAACUCGAGGAGCGCCGGGAAAAGCUCGGCGGUUAUUGGUCGGAAUACGACUCCAUACAAACGAAAUUAGAGGCUCAUAAUGAGGCUGAAGCGGAGAAUCGCGCAUCGUUUGAGGAGUCAUACUACGCAUUAUCGGCGCGAAUGCGCGAGUUGCUUUAUUCAGCGUCGGCGCUGAGCGCCUCGGCGCCGCCUUCGCCCUCGUCUUUCGCUAGCGUCGCCGCACAGCCUUUCAACCAUAUAAGGCUACCUAAAUUAGAGUUGCCGAAAUUCACGGGAAAGUACGACGAGUGGUGUCCCUUCUUCGACAGCUUCAACUCUCUCAUUCACGCGAACACAUCGUUGAGUGACAUCCAACGGUUGCAGUAUCUAAGGGCGUCGCUCGCAGGAGACGCGGUCAAGAUAAAUAGCGCAUUGGAAAUCUCGGACGCAAACUACUAG